AUGUGUUUAUGGCGUCACCUCGCUCUGCUUCUCUUGCUCCCGUGCCUGCCCCGGUGGCCGUGCUCAUCUGCCGCGGCGAGCGACACGCUCUCCGUGGGGGAGUCUCUCGCCGGGAACCGGACGCUGGUCUCGGCGGGAGGCAAGUUCGAGCUGGGCUUCUUCUCCCCGGCCGGCGGGGGCUCCAACUACUACGUCGGCAUAUGGUACAAGCGAAUCCCGGGGCGAACCGUCAUCUGGGUGCUGAACAGGGACUCCCCGGUCGCCGAUCCGGCGUUCGCGGAGCUAACCGUGGCUCAGGACGGCAACCUGCUCCUCCUCCGAACGGGAAACAGGCCCAGGAAGGCAAUCUGGUCGUCCAAUUCGCCAGCAGGCUCGCGCGACGACGACGACACGGCCGUGGCGGUGCUCCUUGACACGGGGAACUUGGUCCUGCGUGGCCGGCGCGGCGGCAACUCGUCGGCGGUCAUCUGGCAGAGCUUCGACCACCCGACGGACACGCUCGUGCCGGGCGGCUGGGUGGGGCUGAACAAGCGCACCGGCGCGUACCAGGCGCUCCGGUCGUGGCGGAGCGCCGCCGACCCGUCGACGGGGCUGUACACGGACCGGGUGGACCCGCACGGGUCGGGCCAGUACGCGUUCCUGUGGAACGGCACGGCCGUCUGCCACUACGUCGGCGCCUGGAACGGGCAGUACUUCGCCCCCAUCCCGGAGAUGGGCAUGUCGGCCAAGUACACGUUCGUCUUCGUCAACAGCAGCGAGGAGGUGAGCUACUCGUUCCGGGUCAACGACCCGUCGACCGUCUCGCGGCUGGUGAUGAGCCCCCACGGCCAGCUCACCAUGUUCGACUGGUCCAACGAGUCCGGGCAGUGGCUGCUGCACUGGGCGACCCCGACGUCGCUGUGCGACGUGUACUCCGCCUGCGGGCCGUUCGGCCUCUGCGACGUGGCCAGCUCGCAGUACUGCCGGUGCCUGCAGGGGUUCGAGCCCGCGUCGCCGGAGGAAUGCGCCGCCCAACUCUGGAGCGCCGGCUGCGCGAGGAAGACGACCUUGCAGUGCAGCGGCAACGCGUCAUCGACCGAUGGGUUCAUCCCGGUGCAAAACGUCCGGCUGCCGAGCGGCUAUUCCGUGGUGGCUGACGCCGGCAGCUCCGGGGACUGUGCAUCGGCGUGCUUGCGCAAUUGCUCUUGCACCGCUUACGCUUACGGAGGCGGCUGCCUGGUGUGGGGCGGUGAUCUGCGGAACGCCCAACAACUCGCCGACGGCGAUGCUGGGGCUUCUACUCUGUUCCUCAGGGUCGCCGCCGCCGACCUCGCCGCGGCGAACCAGGGCGCGUCAACGAAUGGUCGCGCUGCCAUCCUGGGCGCGUCGUGUGUCAUUGCUGUCGCGCUACUCUGCCUGUUCUUCGCCCUCGCCUGGGUUCGAUGCCGUGAGCAAACCGUGCGCCACGACGGGUCACUCCUCGUGUUCAGCCACGGUUACCUGGCACGGUGCACCAAGAACUACUCCCAUAAGCUGGGGUCGGGCAGCUUCGGCUCCGUGUACAAGGGGGCGCUCCCCGACCACACCGCGAUAGCCGUGAAACGGCUGGAGGGGUCCGCGCAAGGGGAGAAGCAGUUCCGCGCCGAGGUCCGGACGCUGGGCACGAUCCAGCACGUCAACCUCGUCCGCCUCCGCGGGUUCUGCGCCGCGACCCGCGAGCGGCUCCUGGUCUACGACUACAUGCCCAACGGCUCCCUGGCCUCCGUGCUGUCGGAGUCGGGCCAGAGCUCCCGGGUGCUGGACUGGCGCGCCAGGUUCGGGAUCAUGGCCGGCGUCGCGCGCGGGCUGGCCUACCUCCACGAGCGGUGCCAGGAGCGGAUCGUGCACUGCGACGUGAAGCCGGAGAACAUCCUCCUGGACGCCGGGCUGGUCCCCAAGGUGGCGGACUUCGGCAUGGCCAAGCUCAUCGCGCGCGACUCCAGCCGGGCGCUGACGACCGCGCGCGGCACGGUGGGGUACCUGGCGCCGGAGUGGAUCCUGGGCCUGCCCAUCACGGCCAAGGCCGACGUGUACAGCUACGGGAUGGUGAUCCUGGAGCUCGUCUCCGGGCGGAGGAACCGGGACGCCGCGGGGCCCGGGCGGCGCGGCGGCGGCGGCUGCUACUUCCCGCUCUGGGCGGCGACCAAGGUCCGGGAGGGGCAGGUCCUGGCGCUGCUGGACGAGCGGCUGGCGGGGGACGCGGACGUGGAGGAGCUCGGGCGGGCGUGCAACGUCGCGUGCUGGUGCAUACAGCAGGACGAGGCGCUGAGGCCGACCAUGGGGCAGGUGGUGCAGGUCCUCGAGGGGUCGCUCCACCCGGGCACCGCGCCGCUGCCGAGGUACCUGGAGCAGCUGUGCGUGGAGGAUUCGUGUACGUUCUUAACGGAUCCUUGCUGAGCUCACUUACUUCCACUUUUUGUCGACCGGUGACGGUGAUCGAGUUGUAGAAGAAGAUGCAGUGCUGUAGAUUUGAUG